UGGCUGCGCCCAUGGGAAGCAAGGUUGCAAUGUAGUUGCCGCAUCUCGAUGGUUUUCUGAGCUCGCAUGGAUCGUGGGGAUUUCUUGGUCUCCCUUGCGAACUGAUCCAUGUUUAUCUCCGGAUAGGAAGAUAUUGAGAGUUUCUCCACUGCUGGAAAUUUCGGGAGGAAUACCAGAUCUUGAUAUUUUUUCAGUUUAUGCUUGGCUGGUGGGCUGGCUGGUGUGUGUGUGGACCUGACAUUAUUUCCUUUGGAUACAGUCAAAACUAGACUGCAAAGUCCCCAAGGAUUUAAAAAGGCUGGUGGUUUCCGUGGCAUUUAUGCUGGUGUUCCUUCUGCUGCCAUAGGAUCUUUUCCAAAUGCUGCUGCCUUUUUUGUCACUUAUGAAUAUACGAAAGCUGUCCUGCACACAGAUGCUUCUCCAUAUUUCACUCCAAUUAUUCACAUGAUGGCUGCCUCCUUUGGAGAAAUAGUCGCUUGUCUAAUACGAGUUCCUGCUGAAGUUGUGAAGCAAAGAGCACAGGUGUCCCCGUCUUCCAGUACCUUACGGAUCCUUUCCCAAACCGUCUAUGAAGAGGGUAUCCUAGGACUCUACCGAGGUUAUAAAAGCACAGUAUUAAGAGAGAUUCCUUUCUCUCUAGUACAGUUUCCUGUAUGGGAAUCUUUAAAGGAACUUUGGUCAUGGAAGCAAGGACACGUGGUGGAUUCUUGGCAGUCGGCAGUCUGUGGAGCAUUUGCAGGUGGAUUUUCAGCUGCAGUGACCACUCCUCUGGAUGUAGCCAAGACAAGAAUUAUGUUGGCAAAGACUGGCUCCAGAACCGCAAGUGGGAAUGUGUUAUCAGCUCUUCAAGGUGUAUGGAGAACCCAAGGGAUAUCUGGUUUGUUUGCUGGCAUCGUCCCUCGAAUCUCUUCCAUCAGCCUUGGAGGUUUUAUCUUUCUCGGGAUGUAUGACAAGAUCCGAAGCUUGCUUUUGUGAUUUUGGUCAAGAGGAACAGCUGGGGAGCCACUAUCCCACUCACCCCUCCUUAAUUCUAAGGAAAAAAAAUACACAUUCAAAGUUAUUCCUUUA